AUAAAGAAAAAUAAGUGACAAAAAUAGCUUAUUUCUUGGUGUACGUACACUUUUAGUAUAGAUUCCCUACAAUGUUGUAUAAAUGAGGCCCUGCUCCUUAUCCUGCAGGCUGUAAAACCUGAUAACCCUCCCUGUUCUUCCUGCUCUCAGACACACCUUGAAGCUGGUGGAGCAACAUCUGCUGGAGCUGAAAGCUGAUUGGCUGCAGCCUCUCUGCUCUGACACGUGAUUCGUAGAUCAGAGCUCAGAGCUGUUGCUGUUUUCAGGAAAUGAAACUCACACAGUCACUGUGACCGAGAGGAGAAAUGGAGCAGAACCAGCUGGACCGAGAAACCUUGUCCUGUUCGAUCUGUCUGGAUCUACUGAAGGAUCCGGUGGCUAUUCCCUGUGGACACAGCUACUGUAUGAAGUGUAUUAAAAACUUCUGGGAUGAAGAGGAUCAGAAAGGAAUCCACAGCUGCCCUCAGUGCAGGGAGACCUUCACACCGAGGCCCGUUCUGAAGAAAAACACCAUGUUAGCAGCUUUAGUGGAGCAGCUGAAGAAGACUGGACUCCAAGCUGCUCCUGCUGAUCUCUGCUAUGCUGGACCUGAAGAUGUGGCCUGUGAUUUCUGCUCUGGAAGAAAACUGAAAGCCAUCAAGUCCUGUUUAGUCUGUCUGGCCUCUUUCUGUGAGAAACACCUUCAGCCUCAUUAUGAUGUGGCUCCACUAAAGAAACACAAGCUGGUGGAGCCCUCCAAGAACCUCCAGGAGAACAUCUGCUCUCGUCAUGAUGAGGUGAUGAAGAUGUUCUGUCGUACUGAUCAGAAGUGUAUCUGUUAUCUCUGCUCUGUGGAUGAACAUAAAGGCCACGACACAGUGUCAGCUGCAGCAGAAAGGACUGAGAGGCAGAGAGAGCUGGAGGUGAGACGAGAAAACAUCCAGCAGAGAAUCCAGGACAGAGAGAAAGAUGUGAAGCUGCUUCAACAGGAGCUGGAGGCCAUCAAGCACUCUGCUGAUAAAACAGUGGAGGACAGUGAGAAGAUCUUCACUCAGCUGAUCCGUCUCAUCCAGAAAAGAAGCUCUGAUGUGAAGCAGCAGAUCAGAUCCCAGCAGGAAACUGAAGGGAGUCGAGUCAAAGAGCUUCAGGAGAAGCUGGAGCAGGAGAUCACUGAGCUGAAGAGGAAAGACGCUGAGCUGAAGCAGCUCUCAGACACAGAGGAUCACAACCAGUUUCUCCACAACUACCCCUCACUGUCAGCACUCAGUGAGUCUACACACUCAUCCAGCAUCAAGAUCCGUCCUCUGAGCUACUUUGAGGAUGUGACAGCAGCUGUGUCAGAGCUCAGAGAUCAACUACAGGACAUCCUGAGAGACGCAUGGACAAACAUCUCACUGAGACUCACUGAGGUGGAUGUUUCACUGUCAGAACCAGAACCAAAGAGCAGAGCUGGAUUCUUGAGAUAUUCAUGUGAAAUCACACUGGAUCCAAACACAGCAUACAGUUAUCUGUUACUAUCAGAGGGGAACAGGAAGGUGACAUUGAUGAAUCAACCUCAGUCUUAUUCUAGUCAUCCAGACAGAUUCACUGAUUGGUCUCAGGUUCUGAGUAGAGAGAGUCUGACUGGACGUUGUUACUGGGAGGUGGAGUGGAGAGAGGAAGUUUAUGUAGCAGUCGCAUACAAGAAUAUCAGCAGAGCAGGAGGAGGGAAUGAAUGUAGAUUUGGAGCUAAUGACAAAUCUUGGGCAUUAUAUUGUCACCAAGGAGGUUAUAAAUUUGGUCACAACAACAUCUGGACCUCCAUCUCAGGUCCUGGUUCCUCCAGAGUAGGAGUGUACCUGGAUCACAGAGCAGGUAUUCUGUCCUUCUACAGCGUCUCUGAAACCAUGACUCUCCUCCACAGAGUCCAGACCACCUUCACUCAGCCGCUACAUGCUGGGGUUAGGGUUUACUAUUGGAGCGUUGGAGGUUCUGCUGAGUUCUGUAAACCCAAAUAGACAGAAUCCACUGAAGGUUCAGUGAGUUUGAUUCUGGUUUUUAAAUCUCCAGCAGAUUAUUUUCUUGAUGGUUGUUGUUUUAUGUCUAAACUGCUCAGAAAUCAAUAGUCAGAGAUUGUCAGCACUUGUUUUCCUUCAGAAUUGAUGUUGUGGUUCUGUUGGGUUUGUUCAUUUCUCAACAUUGUUUUCUAAACCAGCUGAUCAGCACCAGAAUAAAAAAAAAAUUCAAAUUGCUUCAUUUUUCUGUUGAAAAUGUAAAAAAAUCAAACAUAUCUCAGAUUCAUGAGAAUUCGUUUGAAUUAUUUCAAAAACUCUUUCAACAUAUAAUUAUAAAAAAGAAUUAUUGUUUUAUUUUUGUUUUAAAAUGUAAAUAAAUGACAUUUCUUAGA